UUUUGCACAAGUUGUUACUACUUUUCAUUGAUCAAUCAAAGAAUCUUCCUUUUGCACUUUCCAGGUGCAACUCAUGCAGGAGAAAGGCGUGUGUGUGCGUGUACUUUCUUCCAUAUAAAGAAACUUCUUUAAAACUGUACCACGACUUGAAGAAAGACAUGUGUCACACAGGUAUGUAAAGAGAACAUGCCUUCAAUGAGAAUAGCCGCAAAGCAACGGCGCCUCCGCUGAUCUGGACGGUCUAACCUAUUACACUGUCCUUAUCUUUCAGUUUAAGAUUGUGGGACCGUCUUUAACAGAUGCUCUACACGUGUCAGCCUGGGAGUCGAGUUAGUGUUCGAGAUUCGCGGAGACGCAAGAAACUGAAAAACGAACGUGUCCUCGUCAACGCCAGCAGAUAUCUAGUAAACACGUGUCUGAUGCAUGUUUCACGUGUUACACGUGUUGGACUCGGUGCUUCCUGCUGGUUUUUAACCAAUAGAUAAAUAGAAACAAAAUGAAGUGUUCAUCGAUAAUACGAGAUUAUAGCGGUAAUAACGUUUACAGGCUACCUUAAUUAGUCAUACGUGUAAUUGAAAACCGCCCAUGUCCACUAUCCUCGUUAAACACGUGUCAAGCUAUACGUUACAUGGUUUCUUAAAUCUUAAAAACAAAUAUCCCAGGGCAUAAAUAUCGAUAAAGAAACCAUAUAUUUUCUUUCCUUUGACGUUACAUGGUUGUUGAAUCUUCAUCAAUGGCAACAAAGAUUGGUAAAGACGAGGAUGUUGAAGUCGAGCUUGAGCUAUGUCUUUCUCUAGGAGGUCCUUUCAAGAAAUCAGACAAAGCCAUCAUCAUGAGAUGCGCCAAUGAUAUUGGGGUUGAUCUUAAUGACGGGACUACAACGUAUGAGGUAAAAGAGACAUGGAAGAAGCGAGAAGCGAAGCAGCAACAGAGAAGCAGAGGAGAAGGAGGAGAGUGCAAGAGGAUCAAAACAGAAUGUAAAAAAGCUACUAACGGCGUGGAUUUGGGUUUGAGCUUCGGUGAUAUGGGUAACGGGUACGGGUCGGGUCGAUAUAAGGAGAAUAGCAAAGACGUUACAAUUGGGUCACCCAUUAGCAGCACGUCCGACGUUUCCGAUCCCAGCAGCUCUCCAUGCCAAGAAGGUGGAACUAGCGAACUUGGGGAAAAUCCAGAUCAAACAAAACCGGUUAGAUUUCCGGUUAACAACACUCUAACCGGUACAGAGGGAACCGUGCGGAUCACGGACGGUCCAAACGAUGCGGUGGUAGAGGAGACGCAAGAAUGUUCCAACUCUAUAGCAAAAGAAACUGGAAAGCCUCCAAAACCACGUCCCUGUAGCAACGGAGUUAACGGCAGUUUGCUUCCGUUUGCUAAGAUGCCGUGCGUGACUAGCACCGGUAACGGACCCGAUGGCAAAACUGUAAAUGGGUUUCUGUAUCGGUACUCAAAAUCAGAGAUCAGUAUAAUCUGCGUCUGCCACGGAACGUCAUUCUCGCCAGCUGAGUUCAUCAUCCACGCCGGUGGGACCCAUGUCUCGAAUCCGUUAAGACAUAUAACUGUUGUUCCGUCAACGUUUUAAAACUUUUAUUUUUCUUUGUUGUUACCUUUACGGUUUGUGUAUAUAUUUAGCUUAUGGCCCUUUUGAGUUCAAAGGGAUUCUUUAUUGGUGAUCUA